UUGUCAAGUUUGAUGACACUUCGAAAUUUGGACAAUGUCAACUUGUCUGAUGAGACUGAGCAGGCUCCAACUACCUCGUACACUCUGUUCUCGUGGCUUGGCCUCGUUCCAUAAAACCAACGACAACGAGUCCUCACUGCUUCACCAAUGGAACAAGAAGAUAUCGCAUUUGAUUCGAACUGGUAGACUAAGCGAAGCAAGGACCUUCUUCGAUUCCAUGAAGCACCGCAACACCGUAACUUGGAACACCCUCAUAAGUGGCCACGUGAAGCGGCGAGAGAUUGCCAAGGCACGCCAACUGUUCGACGAAAUGCCCCAAAGGGACAUUGUUUCCUGGAACCUCAUCAUUUCGGGUUACUUUUCUUGCUGCGGAAGCAAGUUCGUGGAGGAAGGGAGGAAGCUGUUUGAUGAAAUGCCUGAGAGAGAUUGUGUCUCUUGGAACACGGUUAUAAGUGGGUAUGCGAAGAAUGGGAGGAUGGAUCAGGCUUUGAAGCUUUUCGAUGCGAUGCCUGAAAGGAAUGCUGUGUCGUCGAAUGCUGUGAUCACCGGGUUCUUGUUGAAUGGUGAUGUGGAUUCGGCGGUUGGUUUUUUCAAGAGGAUGCCGGAGUGUGACUCGGCUUCUCUUAGCGCGCUUAUAUCGGGGCUUGUUAGGAAUGGUGAGUUGGAUAUGGCUGCUGGGAUUCUGCUUGAAUGUGGGGAUGGGGAUGAAGGGAAACAUGAUUUGGUGCAAGCUUAUAACACCUUGAUCGCUGGCUAUGGCCAGAGUGGCAAGGUGGAAGAAGCGCGACGUCUUUUUGAUCGGAUCCCGAAUGAUCAAGGUGAUGGAAAGGAGGAUGGAAGGAGAUUCAGACGAAAUGUAGUCUCAUGGAAUUCGAUGAUGAUGUGUUAUGUUAAAGUGGGAGACAUUGUUUCUGCUAGGGAACUCUUUGAUAGCAUGGGGGAGCGGGACACUUGUGCUUGGAACACCAUGAUUAGCGGCUAUGUUCAAAUCUCUGACAUGGAAGAGGCCUCCAAGCUUUUCAAGGAAAUGCCCAGUCCUGAUGCACUUUCAUGGAAUUCAAUAAUAUCUGGGUUUGCUCAGAUUGGUGAUUUGAAAGUUGCAAAAGAUUUUUUUGAGAGGAUGCCCCAGAAAAAUCUGAUCUCUUGGAACUCAUUAAUAGCUGGCUACGACAAAAAUGAAGACUAUAAGGGUGCUAUUGAGCUAUUUUCUCAGAUGCAACUUGAGGGAGAGAAGCCAGAUAGACACACUUUAUCUUCAGUUCUCAGUGUAUGUACUGGGUUGGUGGAUCUUUACCUCGGUAAGCAGAUGCAUCAGCUUGUCACAAAGACUGUUAUUCCAGAUUUACCAAUAAAUAAUUCCCUCAUUACCAUGUACUCGAGAUGUGGGGCAAUAGGUGAGGCAUGCACUGUAUUUAAUGAGAUGAAAUUUUAUAAAGACGUGAUCACUUGGAAUGCAAUGAUUGGAGGCUAUGCAUCCCAUGGCUUAGCUGUGGACGCUCUGGAGCUUUUCAAACAGAUGAAAAGGCUUAAAAUUCACCCUACCUAUAUAACCUUCAUUUCAGUUUUGAAUGCAUGCGCCCAUGCAGGAUUAGUUGAAGAAGGGAGGAGGCAAUUCAAUUCCAUGAUUAACGACUAUGGUAUUGAACCCCGGGUUGAGCACUUUGCUUCCUUUGUGGACAUCUUGGGACGGCAAGGACAGCUUCAGGAAGCUAUGGAUUUGAUAAAUAGCAUGCCGGUUAAACCAGAUAAGGCUGUGUGGGGUGCAUUACUAGGUUCUUGUAGAGUACAUGGUAAUGUAGAAUUGGCCCAAGUAGCCGCCCAAGCUUUGAUCAGUCUUGAACCAGAAAGUUCAGGUCCUUACGUGUUGUUAUAUAAUAUGUAUGCUAACUUAGAACUAUGGGAUGAUGCUGAAAGAGUGAGAGUGUUGAUGGAAGAAAAAAAUGUCAAGAAACAAACAGGGUAUAGUUGGGUAGAUUCUUCCAAUCGCCAAUGACAAUUUUUCUGUUUUAGAAAGACUUCAAUUGGCAACAGAUAUCAUAUCAUGCCAUUGUUAGAGAUGCUCACAUUCAACUUAACCUCAUUAAUAUUGUCAGAUGGGAAAGAAGAACGAUCUUUACCAGUUAAGUAGAUAUUGACGUAAAUGUUAGUUUGACCCGGAAGAUAUCGUACGUCUUCUGUCGAACAUUCAGAGGUUCAUUUGGCAGUAUCAGCAAUAAGUGAUUUCAACCAUGGAUGGCUGGAAUAUUGGUAUGGCACAAAUCAAUAAUUCUUAAUGAUUAUACAUACAAGUUAAGGCACUCCUCCAUAGACUCUGAAGGAGGAUACUAGACACCUUUUACAUGUCCCUCCAUGUAGUGAAGUGCGUUCAUCCCUUUACGAAAGGCCGCACAUUUCUCAUCAGCAUCACAAAGGGAUCCAGAGAAAAUAUUUUGCAUUUAGGUAUCUCCAUUCCCAUAAUCAAUGACAUCUAUAAUCUCAUUGUUUGAUGAGACACCAAGACUAAAAAAAAGUCCAUACAGGAACCUCAACACCCAAGAAAUAAACACUGAGGACCUUCUCGCCGUUGUUAAUUUCUUCAAACUUGGAAUUUCCUACAAGUUUAAGAAUUAACAUAUUUCUCUUGUUCAGCGACUUGUGCCCAAUUGCCCAAUCUGGACUAUUUGAAACCCAGAGCUUCUUCAGAAAUUGUUGCUCCUGUGCAACAAAAGGCCUGAAACAAUUUUUCACACAAAUGACAAAACAAUUUCACAACAGGAACAGGUAUCGAGUUGAGGUGGAAGUCUCUGAUGGGGAGGAUGUUGAGUAUUUUAUUUCAUUUGAAUCUGAUGCUCAGUAUCUCCUGAGGAAAUCAUGCCAGGAAUUAUUGGUGAUAGCUAAUGUAUGGAGUAUAUCAUUAUUCAGUCUUGUGUUUCUGUUUGAUUGGGUUACAGCAUGAAGUUGUUCCUGACUCACUCGGUGACGAUGGCCUUGUUCUGUUGACGACAGAGACAAACCCUAUGAAGAGAGGGGCACAUGAGGCGAAGGAAUGUGCGAACGGUGUUGGGACGCCAUUGAGGUUGAAAGAAGGUGAAAAUUGAACUGGAAUAAUAAUGUUAUUGAUGUGGUGAAAUGGGCUGGGUGAUUUAUGGGGGUUUCCUUUUACUUUUUUGGAGCUUAUCAUUAAGAAGCUUGAAGAUUGGGUUUGCUGCAUUAGCGCAUGUUUUUGGAGAACUGUUAUUAUAUGUGUGUUUACUGUUUACACGUUCCAAUGAAUGCAAAAGAGAAAAACAUGAAUUGUGAGACUAACCAAGUGUGUACUGAUGCUAGCUGAUCAUUUACCUAAUUGAUGUGUUAUAUUCUGGUUGUAGUGUAUUGUACUUUAUGAAUACAUUUUUUUUUGGGUCAAAUUAAGCAGCUCAACAUAUUCUGUAAA